AUUAUUCCAAACCCUGAUAACUACAGCCAGUACAGGGCAACAACUACAGUCAUGUACAUGUAUGUAGACGGCCCUAGAUAGACGGCAUUGAGCAUUGUGGAAUUAUUUGAGAUUGGAUAUUUCGUGGGUGGAAGUCCAGAUACUGUAAACCUGGUAAACCGUCGGUAGUGCGUUUGGCAAUGAGCUUAGGCGUAGAACCGCCAUCGCGGAGCAGAUUCGGGCGAUUUGAUGGAGAGCACCAGCCACUACUGGUGGAUCGUCCGCCAGCGUACGUCGAGAGAUUUCCUGGCGAUCCGGAUAACGAUGCACCACCAGCACCACCAUCAGCAGCAGGACCCGCAGAUAUCCAGGCGAUAGCUGCAACUACUGAUACGGUUCAGGAGCUGCAAAUUGAGGAUACAUCUCGACGGAGUCGAAGAGUGAAAGGAGCUAUAAAUCGCAUCAAUUACUGGGCAGAAAAUUCAAACAGCUGUUGGAGAGCUAACGGCCGAUUUGUCGGCAAGCACUUGAUGACAGUAUGUUGUUGCGGUGGUGGACAAGGCUCGCCGUGUGCUGACUUUUGGAUAUUGGCGUUAUACCUGUGGUUCUCUGUGAUAUGUCCAGGGAUAGGUGUGAUUGGCCUGGUGCAGCUUGGCUUUCUCAUCAUCAACCAUGGUGUAGCACUAGAGUGGGCUAUACUCUUCAACAAUCUCAUGGCGCUGGCAAACCUCUGCUACAUAGCCGACAUUAUGCGAAGGAACUACAACCGCUUUCUGACCAAUGCAUUCUGCAUACCGAUAGCAAGUGGAUUGCUUCCAGGGAGCAUCAACGCAUUCAUGACGCUAACAAUCAGUAACAUCAAUCGUGUUCAGCUACUUGGUAUCCAGCAACGAAACAUUCUUGCAUCACAACUACAAGAACGACAAGAUGCUGUGAUCCACGUGAUGCUCUACAGUGACCACUAUGUCAGCUAUGUGUAUGGUCGCCCUAAGAAGCAGCUGAUAACAGCAAUAGUACUGCUGGUGCUGAUGACAACUGGGCAAAUAGUAGGCAUGUGGUGGGAGUGGGACAAGUUCUGCCCCGACUUCCUGGCCAAGAUGCUUGCCUAAACUGGUCCAUACCUCAAUACUGUUACUUGCAUGGCACCUGCUUGGUCCGGUAUUGAUUACUACAACUCUGACAGGCGCAACACAAAAAUCUGGUGACAAAUUCUGCCAUCAGACUCCGAUAGAUGCGAGUAUAUACACACAUGUAGAAGCAUAAUGUGCAAACAUUGUUGCACGGUAUGUGUUAUCACGACCACAUGAUGUGCAGGAUGCACCCCACAGUUGAAUUUACCAAACAAUCUUCUUCAGUCUUAAUUAAAUUUCACGUUACCAAGCCAUCAAUUUGCUUCUAACCUGGUCAAUCUUUUCUCCACCUGUGCUUGUAGUAACGGCCCUGAUUUCACCCGAUUGCCGUAAAGAGAUGCUCACGGUCCUCUCUCUCUCUCUCUCUCUCUCUCUCUCUCUCUCUCUCUCUCUCUCUCUCUCUCUCUCUCUCUCUCUCUCUCUCUCUCUCUCUCUCUCUCUCUCUCUCUCUCUCUCUCUCUCUCUCUCUCUCUCUCUCUCUCUCUCUCUCUCUCUCUCUCUCUCUCUCUCUCUCUCUCUCUCUCUCUCUCUCUCUCUCUCUCUCUAUUCCCGCUGUGUUCUUUCCCCGUCAGGAAAAUAAAGUUUAUGCUAUGAAUAGCCUAUGAUUGGAAUAUCGUUUUCUUCGGUGCAUCCCUUAGAGCAACUAUUUUUUCUCCUUUUUUUUACUGCCUGGCCGUGCAUGCUGGCUCGUGCAGCCAGUGCUGUGCUCACAAUGAUGAUCUUUUCUGCUGCAGCUGUAAGCAGUCAUUUCUUCCUAUCGGUCACAAGACUUUGUGCUGUUGAGUUUCUACAGUCCAUUCAUCGGAAA